AUCUAGAUUCUAGAUUCUCUACUUUCACUUUGUAAAUCGAGGAACGAUUCAGCAUUGAAAAAAAAAGCCCAACCAGAUAUGGCUUCAACUUCUGUUGAGGAUGAAGAUGAACACACCGUUCAGUUUCACGAGAUGGGUGUCGACGAUCGAAUACUCGAGGCCAUUUCCAAACUUGGCUGGUCACAACCCACACCCAUACAGGAAAAGGCCAUACCACUUGCUCUACAAGGAAAAGAUAUCCUAGCACGCGCACGCACAGGGUCAGGAAAAACUGCAGCCUAUGCAAUUGCUGUAAUCCAGAAAUUGCUCCACAUUAAACAGACUGCUGCUCAACAAGCUACAAGAGCUAUUAUCUUGACACCCUCAAAGGAGCUUUGUAAUCAAGCAUUCAGAAACAUUUUGGAACUCACUGUUGGAUGCUCAAGAGACAUCAGGUGUACAGAUAUAUCUCCACAAGUGCCACUGGCAUCACAAAGGUCUGUGUUGAUCGAAAAACCAGAUAUUUUGGUUGCCACUCCAAGUCGUCUCCUUGCUCAUGUGCGAGCUGGAAAUGUGGAUGUAAAAGAAAGUCUGGAGAUGCUUGUGGUUGAUGAAGCUGAUCUAGUGUUUUCUUUUGGAUAUGAAGGAGACAUCAAGGAAUUAUUAGACAACUUUCCAAAGAUUUAUCAGGCUUUUAUGAUGUCUGCAACCCUGGAUGAUGAUGUGAAAAGUCUGAAGAAAAUGGUCUUGCACAAUGCAGUUGUUCUUCGCCUGGAAGAGUCUCAGUUGCCAGAAGCAUCACAGUUGAACCAAUAUCACAUAAAGUGUGAAGAAAAGGACAAGUUUGCCUUGGUUGCAGCCCUCCUGAAGUUGAACCUGGUCCGAGGGAAAACGAUGUUCUUUGUGAAUUCGGUGAACAAAUGUUAUCAGUUGAAGUUGUUCUUGGAGCAGUUUGGGAUCCGUGCGUGUAUACUGAAUUCUGAAUUGCCAGUCAACUCAAGGUGCCACAUUGUGAACCAGUUCAAUGAUGGUCUUUAUGACUACAUCAUAGCAUCUGAUGAGACAACAACCGAGGGUCUACCAGCUCCAGUGGAAAGUAGACAGAAACAAAAGUCCAAGAGAUUCAGAAAACAAGACAAAGAGUAUGGGGUGUCCAGAGGAAUAGAUUUCUACAAUGUUUCAAAUGUCCUCAACUUUGAUUUCCCGAAGACUUCGGACUCCUACAUUCACCGUGUUGGCAGGACUGCAAGAGCGGACAACCAAGGCACAGCCCUAUCCUUUGUGAGCAUCAAAGAUGCAGAAAAGCUGAAGAAAGUGGAGGAAGCUCUCAGUGGAGACAACAGUGAUGACGCGGAAAAUGUGUUCAAACCCUACAACUUUAAAAUGGAAGAAAUUGAAGGGUUCCGGUACAGAGCCAAGGAUGCACUCCAAGCUGUUACCAGGACAGCAAUUCAGGAAGCGCGGUUGAAAGAUGUAAGACAGGAAAUUUUCAACUCUGACAAAUUGAGGUCUUACUUUGAUGACAACCCUCAAGACUUGCAGGCUCUUCGUCAUGACAAACCGCUGCACACAGUGAAGGGCAGCAAAGAACUGAAGCAUGUUCCACAAUAUAUAGUUCCCCAAUCGCUGCGAAGCCAGAGUGGAGGAAGCAGGAGGAGAAAUCGUGACGGCCACAGUGGCCAACACAAGCAGAGCAGACCAGCAUAUCAAACAGAAAAGAAGUUCAUGAAAAGGAAAGCUGAUCCUCUGAAGAGUUUUGAAUUUGCUGGCCUUGCUGAUAAGAAGAAGAAGAAAAGACAGAAAUAAAACUUUAACUUGUCGCACAAAA